CACAGUGAACAGUUCUGGUGAACUGAUUUAUAUAGACAGUAAACAUAACAUCAGCAAACUGUCUUUAGACAAUAAAACAGUCACCAUACUGGUGGAGAGACCAUCGCCAUGGUCACCACAAUGUGUGUACUGCUCCCCGUCCACGGGGUAUCUUAUAGUCGGGAUGUAUAACACUGAUACAGAAGCCAAGUUAACCUGUUAGAACAGUAGUGGCCAACCCAUAAUGACCAUUCCACACGACAACACAGGCCACUCGCUGUAUAGUUAUCCUCUCUAUAUCACAGAGAACAUGAACGGAAAUGUCAUUGUGUCUAACUUGAUUAUAUAUAGCCGCGGUGCUGUAGUGGUGACAGAGCGCGGGGAGAGACACCGAUUCUCCUACACAGGACCUCCAUCCGGAUCACCACUAAAUCCACGUGGAAUCUGUACAGACGCGCUGUCACACAUCCUGGUGUGUGAUGAUAACACCCACACAGUACAGAUGAUUGACAAGGACGGUCACUUCCUGUCGUUGUUACUGACACAACAACACAGGAUAAACGAACCAUUGAGCCUGAACUAUGAUGAUAAAACUCAAUUUCUCUGGGUCGGAUCAAAGAACACCAACACAUUGUCUGUAUGUAAAUAUAUAUCUGAGAUAAACAAGGAACCCCUCUCCACCAUGACAGAAAAAAAAUAUGACAUUCAACAAAAGAAUGAAACAGCUGAGAGGAAGUAGGGAGGCCGAUAUCCGAACCAAUUCUUUAGUAAAUUAUUUAGAUAUCAACACAAAUCCUAAUCUGUCCAGGCGAAGUCAAAUGAAAAUCAAGGAUUAUGGAAAAAUGCUUUGCAGCCUUGAUUAUUUGGAUUGUGUGGAUCGUGAUUUGCUGAAUGAAAGUAAACAAAGCGUGUUGAUGAAUUCAUUCUUACAGUAUCUAGAACCACUCUCCGAGUCCAGUGUACUUGACUUUCUAGAAUGGAUGGGAAAAUGCAAAAACGUCCUACGAAAAGCACGAUCUACAAAAUGGGGCGGUGUUUUUUCUAUCCUAUUUGCUGUGUAUACAAAAGAGGUCAUAUUUGAGUUCAAGGAAAAUGAUCUUUCAAAUCUCAUUGCUUACAUUCUACGAUUUGCAAUAGAGAGCGAUACUUUUAUUCUUGUUUUGGAGCUUUUGAGGACAUACUUAUUUAAUCACGAUAUCCAGUUGCAAAGAAUGUUUGAAGAUAUGAAGGACAUUAGUCCUUCCAUUAUUAAGACAAUCUUACAAACAGUGAGAAAUUUGAUUUUGAGAAAAUUUACCUAUCUCCAAAACAAUGUCAUUGUUCUGUCUUUUUGUCGGGUGUGUGGACAAGAAAAUUGUUUCGUGAUGAUUAUGUCAUACAAAGGGGAUAUAUAAAUAAAAGAUAGAAUACCUCACGAAGUUCUUGGAUUUGAACUUGUCCUGUAUAACUUUACAUAUCCAUCUGAUGAAGCAUCGAGUGUCUUCAAAUCCAUUCCAGUUUCAAAGAAAACUCCAUUGCCAACAGUAACAGAAAGUGAAGCAAGAGAUCUAUUUAGGAAACACUCCAAUCUCACAAUGAUAUCAGCCUCACCAUAUAAAUCAAUGGGAUAUUCCAAGGGGAGGCACAAAGUUGUAGAGAAACUGUGUAUCAGUCUGUUUUGUCUACAUAAAGGGCAUAUUCCUUAUGGAGAGGAAAAAUUUCCAAAACAAUUAGGGGAGUUUGAAGUAGAUGUCCAGGAGGGAUACAGUGUUCUUGGAAGUGGCAAAUCUCUAGAAAUUGUCGGGUAUAUUUGCGGUGCAGGUCGUGGAAGUAUUGGGGAGUUUGUGAAUCUCGCCAAUAAUAGAAUUGGUCUUAUUACAUGUGCGCAUGUUAUAUUUUCACCAAAAGAACUAAAAAAAUGGAAUCGAGUGGAAUUUCUUCGGACAUUGAAGUAAAAGCAUUUGAUAAAACAACUCACAGCUAUACACAAUGUGGAACAUGUGUUGCUGCAGCAUUUCCAAAAUGUUUCCAACAAGCGACACCCCCACAACCUAAUGUUGAUGCUGCUUUUAUUGAACUUGAUCCAGUAAUAAACACUUUCAGGUUACGCACUGUGUCCUCAGACAAACUGUACUCCGCAGGCAAAAUAAAAUUCUAACCCUCCUGAUGAAA